AUGGCCGUGGGAGCCUCAGAUGCACCAUUACUGGAUGCCACAACACGCAAUUCCACUGAGCCCGUGACCAGAACACAACAUGUGGCCGCCCCUUCCCACGCCGUCGCCGCAUUGCAGACACAUCCGCAAACUCUCCCCGAGUCCGAGAAACUCGUGCCGAUCACUGCACACUCGCACCCAAUAGAGGGUGCCUUGCGCGAUAUCUACUGGGCCCUGUGUUGCAUCAGCUUGCCCAUGCUUGUCUUGACAGCAAUCUUCAUGGGACUCGUGUACGCCUAUAAGGUCUCGCACGGCGUGGGCACUGCCGACAGCUCACUGGGCUUGCCCGUUUCUGAUGAUCCGUACGCCUACUAUGUCAACUACAGUGCAACGAGACUGAUCACCGUCUCAUCUUGGACAAGCACUGUAACUUCAUUCGCAUCGUCGUUUGUUAUGGCUCUUGUCUCAUACCCGCUCGCCAAAAGCUACUUGAGCAGAUCCCAGGCGCCGUCGCUGGAGAAACUCCCAACGCCUUAUCAGCUGCGUCUCAUCAUUGGUUGUGUCGGUGGCGGCUUCGGAUCUCUGUGGUCUUGGUUGCAGUAUUGUUUUUGGCGUCAGCGGAGUAAACAGCCCACAUUGCUAUGGGUGAGUGCUUCAAGUCUUCUUGGGGCUGGUGCCCUCAGCUUUGCUAUACUUGCAGUCGACACGUGGCUGCAUGUAACAACCUCAACAAUCAGUUACGACGCCAUCUCUCCCGUCUCCCAGCCAUCAUUCAGUUAUGGGCGUGUACUGGAUCCAAACUGUGACGGCGAAAGCAGAGCCAGCGGAGUAUGUAUAGGGAACAACUUUGCUGGCCUCCUCUACUUUGAGAGCCUGACAAACGCCACGGAGACUUUGAUGAAUCUCUCAAGCACCAACAUUGUCUUGCCGGCUCAUUUGGAUGGUCGAGACCUCGCCUACCUCACCGCCGCGGACCGGCAUCCUGAUCUUGAUUUCCAGGCGAAAACCUUCGCGCUGAGUACGCAAUGCACGCCUGUCAGCAAGCAGUGUCAUCUGGAAACGACUUCCUGGUGUCCUUUUCCGCAAGGCUGCAACUCGCAGGUCCAGUUGGCGAGGGGCAUGCCUUAUGACUGCGGCCCCACCCUCUUCGGUGGUCUGUCGAACAACACUGGUACCCCUUUCAACAGUUCUCUGCUUGAUGACGAUUCCCAGGCUGCUAUCUCCUCUGAGAUCGCAAGCACCAACGGGUUCUUCCUGCAGCUUUUCAGAAAGCCAGACUUCGCGGAACCUUUCGGCACCGCACCCGACUCUCCCAACCCGUUCUACUUUGCUACGGGUGCUCGUGUGGCGGUCUCGAGCGCAUUGGCUGCUGAUCCCGAGGCGGUCCAGAAUAAUGCCGACGCUGACUAUGGCUUUAUCUUCUCUUGCAAUUCAACGUUCUUCGAACUGGAUUACAAGAUGAUCAACGGCAGCUUCGCGGGCGGAACGACAACUCCGGUGGACGGUCUUCUCGCCUCCAAUGCUGUCUUCACAUUCAUCUACUAUCUGUCAUAUACCCAGAACGUCAUGGAGGGGGCUUUUAUAAGCGGAGGUGUGCAAUCCAAUAAUUCUCAACAAUUUGCAGACUUCCUUGCACAGCGUUUCAGUGAGACGACGCUGAGCAUGGUGUCAGGAUUGACGGUUGCAAGCCCCAAUCUCGCCGAGCAGACCAGGGAGCGUCUACUUGUGACGCGACUCCCAAAGGCCCCGUUUUACGUCUUGAUUGUUCUCAACCUCAUAUACGCGCUGCUAGGUAUCAUCCUAGCCAUCAUCGCGCUGGCGAGUCAGCCGAGGCGAUCGCGGUCUAUCCAAGCUCGGCUGAGCAUAGGUGGGGUUAUCGCGGCGUUGCUGGAACCAGAAGUCCGCGAGGCCGCCUUUACAAGCAAGAAAAGCAAUAGUGGGAUAGAAGGGGCGUUUGCCGAGUACUACAACGACAGUGGACUCAGCGAUGAGGGCAGAGUUCUCGUCAGCGACAGAGCUGGCAAUGUCGCGUUUGAGAAGAUCCGGCCGCAAGGGAAAGACGAGAUCUCGAUACGGCACAGCGAUGAACCUGUCAUUCGUGCUUCUUCGGCGCUGUUGGAUGGAGAGCAAAAUAGGGAGACGGAGCCACCACGGGUAGACCCGUCACCCACAAGCUCAGUCGUCCAACGCAAACCCGUUGGGUACGUGGCCGACUCGAGAGAUUCAGAUACAGCGUAG